AUGCAGUCGGCUAUCCAGAUACAACCGCCUGCUAGCUUUGGAGACCUGCUAAGGCAGGCGCGCGGGAGUAGGGACACCAGCCCCAGCCAUAGUCGCAGGCAGAGUGUAGCCCCAAGGCAAGCCGAAGGGAGUGCAAGUGGAAAGGAGGAAACUACACCGGGCAUCACCAUCCCCCCGCGGAGACCACUCCGGCCCGCAGAUAUAGAGCUAGAGGAAAAAAGGGUCGAGGCUAGAGAACGUGAGCUCCGUGCCGCCCUUCAAUCCCUCUCGGACCAGUCUCUCAAGAUCUCGCGCCGCCUAGACGAUACAUAUUACUCAGUCCUCGAGAAGAUAUCCGUCCUGCAACAGACAAUUGGUACAUUACAUGAGCUGUCGGGUCUCACCAGAGAACUACACCAAAACUUCGAAGCAGACACUACAGAACUCGUAGAUGAUGUGACUGGCCAAGUUGAAGCAUUCGACAACUUCGAGACACAGCAAGAGCAAGUCAUCGGCCUUGAGGAGCGGAUCAAAGCAGGAAAAGAAAAAGCAGAUGCUCUGACUGCACGACUUGAACAGGCCAAAGAGCAUGUUGACGCCAAAGCAAAGUUAGAAGCAGAAUUGCAGGCAAAGAACACCAAUUGUAUACGUAUCUUCUGGAGUAUCGUUGGCAUCAUAGCCGCCGUCUUCUUUGCUUUUGUCCUCUUCCAUGCCUCCCGACCGGUUCCUGAUUAUGUUGAACAACAAAAUACCAGACUGGAUCCCGCAUCUCGAGAUGCCAUCUUGAAUGCAGAGAUACCGGAUAUUGCAAAAGAAGCGAUUAUAGGACCACCAACACCCAAACGUAAACCAAUCGUCAAAGUGGAUAGUGCCAAGCGUGUUCUCAAGGACGAUGAGCGUCUCCGUGCAUUCGACGAGCUAUAA